GGAGGGGGAUGAAUACCACGCUCCUUUUAAACCCUUGUCCUGUUUGACUUCAUUAGACCUCAUGACACCUUAUGAGCAACACGGACAAAAAUCUGAACCAGGCAGCUAAAGAUCCUUGAUUUAGAUCGGAUGAUGGAGUUUUGGCCUGAGCAGCAGGGACAUUCAUCUCUUUAUGCCAGAUUUGGUACUGUUCCUCGGAGAAAUUGUGCACAUACCUAUCAUGACAGACAUCAAACGACCAGUUACCCGUUUUCCUAUGGUGAGCAGCAGGGUCAAGGCAGGGAGUCUGGUUACUGGACUGUACCAAGCCUAAGAACAGGAAGGUCUCAACAGGACAGUGCCAAUUGGACGCACUCUGAGCUUGCUGCCCCAUCUUCUUCCCACUUCCCUUUUAAUUUGGAUCGUCAAACUCAGCAGCACCAGGACAUUGGAGUAUAUGAGCCAUAUGAAGUCAGAGGCAGAGAGUGGACAGCAGCUCAACGAGAUUACGAAAGAGGAUUUCAGAGGGAGAGAUGGCAGAGGAUAUGGGAGCCUUCUAGUCCCGUUCGUUACAAGAGGGAAGUGUCUACUAAGAGGAGCAACAACAGCUACCAAGGGCUGGAGUCUUGGGCAGCUCAGUACAGCCAUUCACUUCCUAGGAGGAAAAACAGAGAGGAAGAAUUAAGAUGCACACCUCACAGUCUGUUGGAGAGCAGCGGGGCAACAGAGAGGAACAGGAGUGGAAUAAAUCCUCAGGUGUCACUCCUCCAACACGUCAGACAAUCUGCAGAUGGUAACAAAUCAGGAGCAGUGUGGGACAGACGGCAAACUCUAACCUGUCAUCCACUGCAAGUUCCUGCCUCUGACACAAGCCACACACUGGACAUUAUAGAAAAGGCAGGCUAUCAAAGGAGAAUGUUUAGCCAUCCUCCUGGCUACACUGCUCCUCCUCCUUAUAACAGCCCACAUAAGUGCUCACCUGUAAUGCAACAUAGCAACACCAACAGAGAGCAGGGAGGUCAGAGACAAACCUACUGGUCUCAACCCACAAUUAAAAAGCAGGAUAUAUCAAAUUUGCAGGAUAAGAAUAAAAGAGAGAAAGAGGAGUUAACAAACCGAGACGGGAAUCAAACCUGUGCACAGCUGGAAGGACUCCAGCAUAGGACACCAGGAUCAGAUGCCUUAAAAGCAGGAAGUCCCAUCACUGUUCAGGAUAUACAGCAACAUCCCCAAAUAAUACAAUCAGUCCAGAAUACAAAGGCAACUGAGCAAACAUCAUCAAAGGUGAUCGAAGGAAAAAAGUUUUGGUUAAAUAAAAAGACAGGAGGGAUGACCAUAUUCUGCCUGGUUUCCCGAAUAGCCGACAUCACACAAACCCCGUCCAGGCCACUGUGCACUUCUCAAGCAAACAUUCAAAGCUCAGAAUUCACAGAGGUUUCUGAAGGUCAAAGGGACAGUGGUGACAUUCUUCAAACACAGAAGUUUGCAGAUGAGGUCGACUUCAGAGCGGCAGCUUCCACUGAGCAAUCAACUUCUGAUACAAGAAAUAUUACAACCAACGUGAAGACGAUACCCACUGGUAUCGACAGCCUUGAGACAGAGACAGGUAUUUCUCCAGAAAACAAUAAUUUAAAUGGUUCUACAUUUGGGAGACAAGUUGCACAGUGUGCACAUCCUGUGCCAGUCAAAUAUCCUUUGUGGAGGGAACCAAGUUUCACAAGCAGGGCAGAAACUGAAAAUCCAUCCUCGUUUUUAAAAGCAGACCACAAGGAAGAAGAAUCAGGUGGUCUACACAGCCAAGAAAAGAGUGCUACAGCUCAUCCAAUCAAUGUCGAAGUGAGGAGACUAGACAUCAAGAGAGACACACAGUCUGAGGACAGUGAGAGUCUUCUGGUCAUUGACACAACAUGUGUUGUUGUCAAAAUGGAGCUGAUUCCACCACCAAAGAAAGAUCAUGUUCACUAUUUAAGCUCCACAGUACACACCGGAGAAAAUCCACUUCAUAUUCAGUCAAGCAACGUUCCCAAAUCUAACAGUCUGCUGACGAAUGAACAAGACUCAGAUAUGGAAAUGAAAUUGGCAUCUGAAGGAGGAGGUGAUUUGUCUUUCACCUGCAAGCCUUCAUCUUCCUUCUCUGAGAGGGAAACCUUAGUGGAGUGUUCUGAUAGAAUCCCAGGAAUCCCUCUGCAUGGCUCCAUCACAGAAGAACAAAGUGAAGAAGCGCCAUCAUUCCUCGACUUGUGUGUGAUGGAUGAACCUUUGUCAGUAACAAAUGACAAUCACGACAGAACUGGACAACUCCCAGACACCAAAGAGGAUCACCUAGUAACGUGUCAAAAUGAGGAUGAUGCUGAGGAUCAGGUACAAAAUGAAGAUGGUGAGCAUUUUGCAGGACCUCAGGAGCAAGUAUCUGCUCUGUGUGAAGAGAUGGACAACAACUCCAAACUCGAAGCAAAUGUCCAAACAUCAAAGGAGACUAAAAAGACUGAGGACAGACAGCUUGAACCAACUGAUGAAGAAGGUACAACUGAAGAGAAUGGGGAAGAAAAUCAGCUUGUUACAAAUGAUCCCUCUCUUCAGCAUCCAUAUCCAUGUGAGUGCCUCUCUAAAUCGUCUUUUCUUUCACACUCCAAUCUUACUUCUCUCUCUUAUAUCUCUCAGUUAACCACAGAGGAAGAUCUUGAUGUUGUUGCAUUAAAUCUAGCUGAAAACCUUGCUCCUUGUCCUGAAACCUCAUCCUUGCCUGAGGCAACAUCAUACCGACAACCAUCUCCUCUCCUUCCUGGAUCUACCAAAUCCUCCCCAAGUUCCACACCCCAUAAAUGUCACUCCCCAAGGCCUUCCCCUGAGUUAAUUGAUCAACUGAUGGAACCAAUUUCUGGUAUUGAGGACAAGGAUGACAAAAAUGAAUCAUCAGAGCUUGUAAACGAUGAAUCCAGUGAUGCUUCUAAGAACCGUGAGGAGCAGGAGGUGGUGUCACAGCAGCAAUUUGAAUUUGAGAAAUCAGACAAUGAUACUUGUGGAGAAGAGAAAUCCAACAAUGAUACUUGUGGAGAAGAGAAAUCCAACAAUGAUACUUGUGGAGAAGAGAAAUCCAACAAUGAUACUUGUGGAGAAGAGAAAUCAGACAAUGAUACUUGUGGAGAAGAGAAAUCAGACAAUGAUACUUGUGGAGAAGAGAAAUCAGACAAUGAUACUUGUGGAGAAGAGAAAUCAGAAAAUUAUACUUGUGGAGAAGAGAAAUCAGACAAUGAUACUUGUGGAGAAGAGAACUCAGACAAUGAUACUUGUGGAGAAGAGAAAUCAGACAAUGAUACUUGUGGAGAAGAGAAAUCAGACAAUGAUACUUGUGGAGAAGAGAAAUCAGACAAUGAUACUUUGAAGAAGAGAAAUCAGACAAUGAUACUUGUGGAGAAGAAACAACAAUGA